AGGUUGUCCUUGGGCCAGUUCAGAUCGAUGUUCCACAAUAUGCCCCAAAUGUCCUUGUAAAUCUUUCAUAAAAGAUUGUAUUCAUUUAUUUUUGGAGAGAUGAGAAGAGAAGGAGAAAGAAGGGAGAGAAACAUCAAUGUGUGAUUGACUCUUAAGCAUCUCCUACUGAGGACCUGGACCAAAACUCAUGCAUGCGUCAUAGACUUGGAAGCGAUCCAGCAACACUUUGGAUUGCAGAAGUCCAAGGAGGAUAUCGUAGAGCUGGCUGAUGGCUUCUCUUAUGCCAUUGGCCUGUACAGUGGACCAGUGCCCCAGGCCAGGAACACCAUGCAGUGCCGGGCUGAGAGCUCCCAUGAUGACAUACUUGAGGAGCUAGUGCACGAGAAGGACCAUAACAUCUACAAGGUAAAGGUACAGGUGCACCAGACCUACACCACCAACCAGCAACAGGCUCAGAGUUUGAAUGAAGACAUCUUGGAAGAGCUUGUCAAUGGAUUUAACCAUUCUACUGCACUAGACAAGGGCAAGGUGCUUUGGUCCACUGAUGCCAGCAUAUGUUGCUCUGAGGGUGCAUCUGAGUUGACACUGAAAUUGACAGAACCCUGCCGACUGCGGGCCCUCCAGGGAGGCACAAUGAAGAUAUUGGCGGAGUUCGUGUCUCCAGCGAUGAAGGGUGGAAACUUCUCCCACCUGUCUACCUUCGGGACCCUGCAGCCAUCCUUCUCCCGAGCCCUAGUGCUCUUGGGUGAUCUGCUGACUUGGUCCUGUCCUUCAGCCAUUGGUUCUGAUACAAUCAGCAUCGUAGGGACACCUCUAGACCUACUGAAUAAUAACGUCAAUGGACAUGGUUCAAGGGCCAAGUCUUCUCCAAUGGGCCCCUGGCCAGUCCAGGUCCAGGAGUUUGGAGAGCCCCUACAUUUGUCCUUCUUCCAUCUGAAGCUGGUCUUGUGCGAGGCCCACCUUCUUUGUGUAGAUCUGGAGUAUCCUGAGCCCCUGGAUGUAAGAGCAGAAGGUGAGGGAAGUACAAGUCCGGGUGAUGAUCUAGGACAGCCACCUGCAGAGCUGAGACUCACUGCAGAGUUACAGGAAGAACUUGCUCAAGGGCUAGUGCCUGUGUCAGCCAGAGGCCUAGCCCUUGGUAGACCUGGUCUGAAGAACUCCCAGAAGCCAGGAUGCAGACAUCUUUGUGACAGUCACAUCUUGAUGGUUUUGGUGAAAGAGUUGAAUUACUCUUCUUUGUCGGAGAAGUGGAAGAUGCAUGAGGCCAAUGACAGCAGACAGUGCCUCCCUGAGAAGUCCAAGGAGGACAUCGUAGAGCUGGCUGAUGGCUUCUCUUAUGCCAUUGGUCUGUACAGUAGACCAGUGCCCCAGGCCAGGAACACCAUGCAGUGCCGGGCUGAGAGCUCCCAUGAUGACAUACUUGAGGAGCUAGUGCACGAGAAGGACCAUAACAUCUACAAGGUAAAGGUACAGGUGCACCAGACCUACAUCACCAACCAUCAACAGGCUCAGAGUUUGAAUGAAGACAUCUUGGAAGAGCUUGUCAAUGGAUUUAACUAUUCUACUGCACUAGACAAGGGCAAGGUGCUUUGGUCCACUGAUGCCAGCAUAUGUUUCCCUGAGGGUGCAUCUGUGUUGACACUGAAAUUGACAGAACCCUGCAGACUGCGGGCCCUCCAGGGAGGCAUAAUGAAGACAUUGGCGGAGUUCAUGUCUCCAGCUAUGAAGGGUAGAAACUUCUCCCACCUGUCUACCUUCAGGACCCUGCAGCCAUCCUUCUGCCGAGACCUAGUGCUCCUGGAUGAUCUGCUGACUUGGUCCUGUCCUUCAACCAUUGGUUCUGAUACAAUCAGCAUCGUAGGGACGCCUCUAGCCCUACUGAAUAAUAAUGCGAAUGGACGUGGUUCAAGGGCAAAGUCUCCUCCAAUGGGCCCCUGGCCAGUCCAGGUCCAGGAGUUCGGAGAGCCCCUACGUUUGUCCUUGCAUCUGAAGCUGGCCUUGUGGGAGGCCCACCUUCUUUGUGUGGAUCUGGAAUAUCCCGAGCCCCAGGAUGUAAGAGCAGAAGAGCCACCUGCAGAGCUGAGACUCACUGCAGAGUUACAGGAAGGACUUGCUCAAGGGCUAGUGCCUGUGUCAGCCAGAGGCCUAGCCCUUGGUAGUCCUGGUCUGAAGAACUCCCAGAAGCCUGGAUGCAGACAUCUUUGUGACAGUCACAUCUUGAUGGCGUUGGUGAAUGAGUUGAAUUACUCUUCUUUGUCGGAGAAGUGGAAGAUGCAUGAGGCCAAUGACAGCAGACAGUGCCUCCCUGAGACUGCAAGUGGAGACAUCAUGCACCAGCUGGUGACACCAACCACUCUAUGUAUGAUCUUGAGCACACUUCAAGAGUCUUUGUCUUCCUGCCACCCCAAGAGUGUGCAUGUACGACAGUACCACUCUUUUGUGCAGUCCUGGAUUGUGAAGUCCAAGGAGGACAUCGUAGAGCUGGCUGAUGGCUUCUCUUAUGCCAUUGGCCUGUACAGUGGACCAGUGCCCCAGGCCAGGAACACCAUGCAGUGCCGGGCUGAGAGCUCCCAUGAUGACAUACUUGAGGAUCUAGUGCAUGAGAAGGACCAUAACAUCUACAAGGUAAAGGUACAGGUGCACCAGACCUACAUCACCAACCAUCAACAGGCUCAGAGUUUGAAUGAAGACAUCUUGGAAGAGCUUGUCAAUGGAUUUAACUAUUCUACUGCACUAGACAAGGGCAAGGUGCUUUGGUCCACUGAUGCCAGCAUAUGUUUCCCUGAGGGUGCAUCUGUGUUGACACUGAAAUGGACAGAACCCUGUAGACUGCAGGCCCUCCAGGGAGGCAUAAUGAAGACAUUGGCGGAGUUCGUGUCUCCAGUGAUGAAGGGUAGAAACUUCUCCCACCUGUGUACCUUCAGGACCCUGCAGCCAUCCUUCUACCGAGACCUAGUGCUCCUGGAUGAUCUGCUGACUUGGUCCUGUCCUUUAUCCAUUGGUUCUGAUAUAAUCAGCAUCGUAGGGACACCUCUAGGCCUACUGAAUAAUAAAGUCAAUGGACGUGGUUCAAGGGCAAAGUCUUCUCCAAUGGGCCCCUGGCCAGUCCAGGUGCAGGAGUUCGGAGAGCCCCUACGUUUGUCCUUCUUGCAUCUGAAGCUGGCCUUGUGCGAGGCCCACCUUCUUUGUGUGGAUCUGGAGUAUCCCGAGCCCCAGGAUGUAAGAGCAGAAGAGCCACCUGCAGAGCUGAGACUCACUGCAGAGUUACAGGAAGGACUUGCUCAAGGGCUAGUGCCUGUGUCAGCCAGAGGCCUAGCCCUUGGCAGACCUGGUCUGAAGAACUCCCAGAAGCCAGGAUGCAGACAUCUUUGUGACAGUCACAUCUUGAUGGCGUUGGUGAAUGAGUCGAAUUACUCUUCUUUGUCGGAGAAGUGGAAGAUGCAUGAGGCCAAUGACAGCAGACAGUGCCUCCCUGAGGCUCUCAAGGGACCAAUGCUGAAGAACGUGGCAGAUAUUGUGGCUCUAGAUUUCCUCAGUGGAAACAUCUCUCUCCUCACCAUGUUCAAUUCCAGACAUGCAGCUUUUUCCAGAUCCCAAAUGUUCCUGGAUGAUCUGCUUUCUCGGACUAUUGCUUCUCCAGAAGGAGCCUGGCUGGACCAGGUUCAGGAGUUUAGCCAGCCCCUACGUUUGUCUUGGUUCCAUCUGAAGCAGGACUUGGUGUCCUUCAACUUUGCUGAUUCACAGCAGCUGUGGGAGGCCCAAGUACUUGGGGUCAAUCUGGAAUAUCCAGCGCCCCAGGGUGCUUCACCAGAAGAUGCACUUUCAGAGUUUGAGGGCAGUGCCCAUCCACAGGAAGUAUAUGCAGACUUGCUAGCACCUCGUCCAGCUAGUUGUCUCACCCUGGCCUGGCCUGGCCUGAUGCAGUGCCUGAAAGCAGGAUGGAGGCUUUUGGUGUGCUUUAUUUUCCUUGCCCUCUUAGGAGUUCUAAGCUUUAUCCUAAAUAAAUAAGAGAAUCAUACCCCCACAAGAGAUUUAUAACAGCCUAAAUGAUAAUUUUCAGCAAUACCAGUUUGUAUAAAACAAUAAUUUAUGAAAUAAAAUAUUGUCAAAGAAAUAAAAAUAAUGCUGUUCAUUAGACAGUAGUGUGGACAAUAUGUGCUCAUAUACAUAACAUUUUGUAUAUACAUAUAUGGGCGAUUGUAAAAACUGUUCACUAUAGCACAUAAUUUUUAAACUAACUCCUGAAACAGAGUUAAAGCUUGUACUUCAACAAAUAUAAAGUGAUAGAAUCAUGAAAUCAAGUUAGAAAUGUA